UUCUGCUCCCUUGAAGAAAAGUUUUUGUUGUUUUGCUAUUCCUCUCUUCUCAGAUACUACUGCUAGGUUAGAUAUUUGGUACAAACAUGGAACUAAGAUUAAACAUCGGCCAAAUAGCAAUAGACAACAAGAUUGGAUUUGCAAAGUUCAAAUUGUGGACAUGAGUCUCCCGCGAGAAAGUCCUUAUAAGAAAUUUAGAUUUCAAAAUCUGAUUUUGGAAGAUGAAGAGGAGCACCACAUUAGGGCAGUUAUGUAUACUGAUGAAAUUGAACAAUAUGAAGACAAGCUUAAACUCUUGGAUACCUAUCUCAUCUCUACGACAAGAGUUAAAGUUUCUUUAACUUCGUACAGUAAGCCAAUACAUACAUUUUAUUGGGUUCUUGACAAAGAAACGGUAAUUCAACAUGUCAAACCAUCUGAUGAGCUUGAGAACCCACUUCUGCCACCGACCAAAAUGAAUGUCACAACCUUUGACCGCAUUGCUCAUAUGACUGUUGAUUCUACGACUGAAAUUGGUCGUGGUAAUAAUAGGUGUCGAGAAAUUACCAUUGGUGACAAUCAAUGGAACUCUUCUAUGUUGAGGAAAGAAAUGUCAAUAUCAAAUGAGCUGCAAGAGUUUUGUGUGCGUGAAUGCUCAUGCUGCAAACAGAGGAAGCGCACAAAGGAUAAAAGGAUUUUGAAUACCCAAAAUGUAAUCGGAAGACAACGCGCAUCUUUGAAAUUGAUCUUAUUGAUGGCACUGCUUCGGCCACAACAUCCAUUUCUGCUGUAUUGGGAGAAAAAUUAUUCUCCGUGACAGC